CUUUCUUGCAGAUCGAAGGCCAUGGCUCCGCAGUUUCCAGAUUUCAGAAGAGUACGGAGAAGGAUUCGAAGGACCCUGUGUUAUGGAUCUAAACAACCGCAAUCAAUCAAUUUGCCCCUUUCCGAACUCGUUGUGGAUUACUUCAACAAACAGUCCCCUUUUGACUACAUGAAACCGGAAACGUCAGCGAGCAUAGGAUCACGAGGAUAUGCCGAUCCGUGUACGCUCGUCGUAGCCAUGGUCUAUCUUGAUCGGCUGAGGGUUAAUGACAAGGCAUGGUUUGAGUCUUCCGACCCCACUGAUCUCUAUCUACCGGCGCUUGUGCUCGCUUCCAAAUUUCUUCACGAUUCGGACACCUAUGACAGAGCAACAAAUGCCGACUGGGCGGAAGCUGCUAACAUCUCGAACCAGCAUUUAAACCAAUUAGAAUGGGAAUUUGUUCAAAGAAUGAAUUGGAAUGUCAUGGUUGGCCAAGCCGAAUUUGAUAAAUGGUUGACGUUUUUCGAGCACUGGGUGGCUAAUGAUUUCGUCACAAAGAAUGGUUUCUUGUAG